AUCUAUAAAUUAUAUGCGCGGUACACUUCGUAUAGAGCAGUUGUGAUGUGCGGUUCAAAUUUCUUUUGAAAAGAUUGAUACGCCGCCGGUAAACGUAAUCGUAUUAAAUACUUGGAAUUUGGAAAAUGGAAGCAUUAAAAAUUGCAUACAAACUAGAGCGGCAAUUUCUUGUGAAAUUCUUAUUUGUUUUGGGUGCGACCGCAUUGGCUUACGGACAGGAUGAUGGAUUUGCGCAGGAUGACAACGUUUACUCGUGGUAUAUUUUGGAUGUAACGCGAAUAUUACAAAAUGCCGAAAGUAAUAUUAUUGUUUCACCAAGCAAUAUAAGAGCGCUACUGAAAACACCACCGAGCAUGAAUUUACGUUUCGGAUUCGAUGAAAAAACGAUGCUAGGACAAAACGUAAUAUUCGCCGAAUCAAAUAUGAUUCUAAAUAAUCCGGACACUUUAGAAUGGUUUUAUGAUUGCAAAAUUCAAGAAACAUCUUUCACUGAUAAAAAGAAGCUGAUUACUAGUAUCAACGAUUGGUCCGAAAACAUAGCGGAUCAAACUAUUCUUAAAUCAAGUGAAAUGAUUUUAAAAGAAGAAAACCUGCAAGUAUUAAUUUUAAAUAUGCUCAAUUUUAAGGAGACUUUACAGAUUAAUUUCAAAUAUACACUGAAUGCUACAUUUCAUGAAAGACCGGAUAGUACAAUCGUAUUACCAGCUGUGGAAACGACGGAAUAUUUGAAGUAUCUUGAUUCGCAAAUUUUGGAUGCUAAAAUAUUAGAAUUACCUUAUAGUAAUGGUUAUUUUAUGUAUAUUAUUCUACCCCAUACCAAACAAGGUGUCAACGAAACAAUCAAUAAUCUCGGCUACGAACAGCUUACGCGUAUCGAAUGGAUGAUGAAAGAACGGCGUGUGAAUGUAGUAAUGCCCACAUUCAAAUAUCACUUUAUCACGGACAUGAGAGAGCAUAUUCAAAAGAACUCUGCACAUCGCUUUGAUGUUGAUUUUGAACCUGCAUUUGGCGUUGAAACAAAGAAGAUAAAUAUUUUCCAAACAACACUUGUUCAGUUCGAUGGAAGCGGAAGAGCUCGAGUGGAAGACUACGAGAAAGUUCGAACAACUAAAUAUGAAAGAUUUCAUGUAGAUCGGCCUUUUGCUUUUUAUAUUAAAGAAAAAAGCACAGGUCGGAUAGUAUGUAUAGGUAAAGUUUUGAAUCCAGUGCAAUAAGACCAAAUUCUUAUUUUAAUGAUAAUAAUACGGAUAUUUGUAUACAAACAUAUGCAUGUGAAUUAUAGAAGAACAAGUAUGCAAAAUAAAUUUUAUGAAAUAAUAUGUAACAA